AUGUACAUAGAGUGCAACAACGCAUUUGAUAGUUGCUCCAUCUCUGUCAACAUUGACCUGUGCUCCACUCUGACUCCAUCGUCCUCGGGAGUCGUGACUACCUCCUCCGAAUCAAGUUCGCCAUCCUCUGGAGUAGUGUCCGUUACCACAUCUACAUCCCAAACUACAUCUUCAAUCCACACUGUAUCCUCCUCUGGCCAGACCACCUCAUCCUCAUUAUCAUCAUCCUCUUCAUCGUCCUCAACUGGACCAUCCCACCCCACGACCGUCAAUGUCUGUGGAUACUGUGAUCAGACCUGUACUGGUGCCAGCCAAUGCCGAUCGUACCAAACUGGCCAAUGUGUGGAGUUCAGUCGUAUCUGUGGCAAUGGUGCCGGUGAUGUACUUGGCUAUGGAAUACUGGAGUACCAACCAUUAUCCGACACACCCUACUCCAUUACAAUGUAUCCUGACUCUACAUGCCAGUCUGGUACCUACCAAUACGCCAACUCAACAUGUGGCACAUGUCUCGGUUCCAAUGUCAACGCAUUCGUCAAAUGUAACACUGCCUCAACUCAAUCUAUCUUCACCGGAUUGAUUGUCUCUUCAUUGUUCCUUGUACUUCUUGCUGUGUUGUAA